UAUGCAAAAAUGGAUGAUGAUGAUACAUGAUGAUGUGUCAUCCAUUCCGUUCAUCCUCGCAAGUCGCGAAGACACCAUUCUCUCUCUCUUCUCCGAGCACUCACCUCCUCCCCCUCUAUUUUCCAGUCUAGGGUUUCCUUUUACUCCCCAAGACUUUCCCUUCUAAACCCCUUUUCUCAAAUCCACCCAACUCUGCUUUAAAGCUCCUCACUUUUCACCUCAGUCUCACCUCAUUUCCCCUCAAAUCAUUUAAUCUGAAAUCCCACAAGUCCCAGCUCCACGACUUUCAUGGCCAAGACCAAACCUGGCAAGAAGGACCUUGACUCCUACAACAUCAAGGGCACCAACAAAGCCGUUCGGGUUGGGGAUUGUGUGUUGAUGAGACCAUCGGACACUGAUAAGCCUCCAUACGUGGCAAGGGUGGAGAAGCUUGAAGCUGAUCACCGGAACAAUGUGAAGGUUCGGGUUCGAUGGUAUUACCGGCCGGAGGAGUCGAUAGGAGGAAGGAGACAGUUCCAUGGAGCUAAGGAACUGUUUUUGUCGGACCACUUUGAUGUGCAGAGUGCACACACUAUCGAAGGGAAGUGUACAGUCCACUCCUUCAAGAACUACACUAAGCUUGAGAAUGUGGGGGCUGAAGACUAUUUUUGUAGGUUUGAGUAUAAGGCUGCCACUGGUGGUUUCACACCGGACCGUGUGGCUGUGUAUUGUAAAUGUGAGAUGCCAUACAAUCCGGACGACCUUAUGGUGCAGUGUGAGGGAUGCAAGGACUGGUUUCAUCCCUCUUGUAUGGGUAUGGCCAUUGAAGAUGCCAAAAAGUUGGAACACUUCCUCUGUUCUGACUGUUCAUCUGAUGAUGAUGCCAAAAGAUCCAUGAAUGCAUUUCCAAUGUCACCCUCUGUUGAGGCUAAGGUUGAGCCAAAGCGCCGGAAGAGAUGACCUUGUGAUUGGGAUGCUUAGCGAGGAGUUCCAGAUAUGCAGGUUUUGGAAAGGCUUCGUAUUGUGUAUCCAGAGGCACGGUGAUGCAGUUGCAGGAGCAACUGGAAUAGCCCAUUUGGCUUAACUGUUGGUUUUGCUUCUAUGUUUUUGUAAGCAUAUCAGUUGCCAUUGGGUUGAUCUUAAGGAAUGGUUCUGUUCUAUCAGCCUGCUUUUCUCCCAACCAUUUUAUGCCAUGUUUUUCGAAGAUAUCAAUCAACAGACCUAUGAAUGUGAAGAUCCAUGUUGAAUUGUUGAGCAUUUAGCACUCACAACUGGUGUUCUACACUACUUGUGCAUGCAUGACUGAAAUUUUGAAGCCACUUCUUGGUACACAAAGCAACAUAUAGUAGUCAUUCAUUUUACAAUUUGAUUAAACCUAUGAAUUACAUCUAUUUUUAGCUUCUUUUUGUUUUGUAAUUGUGAAUCUAACUUUUGUACUGUGGCUUUAUAUGCUGAGAUUGGACCUCUGGUGUCUUGAACUAAUAUUUAUUUCUGAGAACCCGAGGUCUAAUAACCAAACAGAGGACAGAUGAUAUGUUAAAGUGGGCAUCUUAUGCAA